CUGGACAAUCCACAUGCAAUGUAUUUCUCAACUCUCCUCAAAGAUGGCAGCACAAGUUGCAAGUAUUGAUUUUUUGCCUCCUAUGUUGGAGGUAGUCAUGCUGUGGAAAAUCAAUAUUGUUUGUUCCCAAUUCGGUGGAAAAGUUAUUCUGCAUCGUGAAAAGUAAGACGCAAAUUGCAGAUUUAGCAAAAAACGUGGUUCUGGAUUACCUGUAUUUACACUAUCUUGUGGAGAUUGAGAGCUUUACACAGUGAAAUGUAUUCGACGGAGUGAUUCGAGAUUCACCUUCGCGUGUUCGUUGUUUCGCUUGAAAGUUUAUUUGCCACUUUAUUAUGCGUUCGUUGACCGCGGUCCACGGGCACCCUCUGCCUGAGCUAGGCGUUCCCUCCAACAUCAAUCAGGGCGACGGGAACGGAGACGACAUGGCCGGCGCGCAGGACACCAUCUACCUCUGCAACUUCCGCGUCUCGGUCGACGGAGAGUGGCUCUGUCUAAAGGAAUUGCAAGACAUGGAAAUGCAGGAUUCCUAUAUAAAGCCUGCCGAGCCGGGCGUUAUCACCUCGCCCGACGAUCCUAUGCAUUCUUUAAUGGCACGUGACCCCGUAGUCAUAGAGCGCAGCAACCUGGUGAAUAUCUCCAAGUUGAUCGUUAAGGAGCUAAUCGAACAAUCGCUCCGAUAUGGACGGAUGUUGGACAGCGACCAUCUGCCGCUGCACCACUUCUUCAUCGUCCUCGAACAUGUCAUGCGCCACGGACUUAAACCGAAAAAGCAUUUGCAGGGUCUUCUUGGUCCUAAAAAGGAGCUGUGGGAUAUUCUUCAGAUGGUUGAAAAAUACUCGCCAGAAGCAGCCGAUAUUACCGCCAGUGUCCGAGAUCUUCCAACCGUCAAAACCGCAAUGGGCCGUGCGCGCGCCUGGCUCCGACUCGCGCUGAUGCAGAAGCGCCUCGCGGACUACAUGCGACUCCUGCUGGAGCAUCGAGAGGACACGCUCGAGGAAUACUUCGAGCCGCAUGCCCUUAUGCUGAACGACGAGGCAGUGAUCAUCACGGGGCUGCUCGUCGGCCUCAACGUCGUCGACUGCAAUCUGUGUGUCAAGGAGGAAGAUUUGGAUAGCCAGCAAGGCGUGAUUGAUUUCUCGCUCUACCUCCGAGGCAGCAACUCCUCCAACGACCUGACCACGACCACCAACAACGCCAACACGGAGCCGAAGCAGCGGCACAUCAACACCAUGUUAGAUCAGAAGAACUACAUCGAGGAACUCAAUCGGCAUCUCAACGCAACGGUAGCUAAUCUCCAAGCCAAAGUUGAAAGUCUGACUACAACGAACGCCUUAAUGAAGGAGGACUUAGCGAUCGCCAAAAACACAAUGAUCACUUUGGUCGAGGAGAAUAAUCAACUAAAACAUGCAUUGGGUCAAGACAUCACUAAAGAUAGUAGGAUGAAAGUAACUGAGCUGCAGUCGGAUGAAGAGGAAAAACGCAGCGUCAAGAGUGUCACGUCUGAUAAGACUAAGAAUGAGAAAGAUAGCGAAUUAGGUCGAGUACUGGAGGAAGAAAGGAAGAAAAAUGUAGAGCUGCAAAGAGAACUGGAUUUACAGAUUUCAUUAAAAGCUGAGAUGGAGGUAGCUAUGAAGUUAUUGGAAAAAGACAUACAUGAUAAACAAGACACAAUAAUAUCUCUACGACGACAACUUGAUGAUAUCAAAUUAAUUAAUUUGGAAAUGUACAAAAAAUUACAGGAAUGCGAGAUGGAAUUGACGCAGAAGGGCGAAAUCGUGGCCAGGCUGCAAGACAAGGCCGAGCAAAUCGGCAAAAUACUCAGCAACAUUGAGAAAUAUAACCACUUCCUAGGACCCGACCACGACCUGGUCAAAGCGCUCAGAUCUCCCACUACUAACGAGAAUAAUCUAGGCGAAAAGUUAGAGAAACUCAAACCUGAUAACUUAGGUCAAAAGAGCUCGAAGGCGAAGGACGAAGGCCCACCGAAUAAAAAACUAAACCUCCAGGAAAUACCACCGUUCAGACGAACCGCAAACAAAGAUAAACCUGUUGCCCAAAUGAGAGAAUAACUCCAAUAAACUAUUCGUCUCUUAAAAUGUUAUUGUACAAAUUAUCGUUCUGGUUAUGCUCAGCUCGUCGUACAUUGUUACUGAUACAUUGAGGUGGUAUUUCCUGAUUAAAUCGCCACAGAAAUGUACUAACAAUAUUUCUUAUAACGAUAUAUACAUAUUUACUAACGGUUAUAAAGUAUGUUCAACGUUUAGAGAGCGUACCUACUCGCAUCUUAAAACAAUCAUGAUAUGCCAUGCUUAGACUGUAUAUUUCCGCUUGUUACUAACAAUUUUGGACGCACUAUGAACUUAAUGUUAUAAUAAUGCAGCUAUAUUUUAUUGGCCUUGUUUUAGGAAUGUGAAAGUUCCUUGAAACAUAAAACAGAGCUAAUAGCCAAAUUGGAAGCAAAGACUGAAUCAAUGGGCAGCACGAUACAUCAGCUUGAUGAGAAGUAGGUUCCAAACUUUUUACUAUGACAGCAUCAGGCUGCGGGAGGCCCCAGUCUGCGGCGGACUAGAGACCCCACAACACCGUAAUGUCACAGACAAGUGCUAUAACAAAUACGAGAUGACCUGCAGGCAUUGCCGUGGAGAUGCUUUCAAUGUUUCUCGUCCGUGGCCGGCCGGCCUUCCGUCAAUGAGAGUGCCUAGACUUUACGCUAUCCAUUGUACUAUUCAUGUAUGUAAUGCUUGACAUAUCAAUAUUGGAAGCACUUAGGUGUGCCGCAAUGCACAGCUUGCGUGAAGUUGACUAGCGUCGUACGUAGCUGUUUCUACCCGCUCGGUAUUGGCAAACCCCCACAAUUUGUGAACAAUGUUUUGAUAGUAUAUUUUUGGACUAUGUAACUGGAUUGGACUCUUAAGGGUUUUUACACGGAGGCUAUGCUAAUAUUGCUUUAGCUUCUCGUUGCUGUGAUUAUACAAUCUUCUGAUUGUUAUAUUUCAUUGAGACAUGUUGCGUUAAAGUUAGACCAGGAUUAGUCUGCAACGAUUUUGAUAUCACACGCAGUGUAAGUGUUAUUUAUACGUCAUAAUUUCAUAAAAAUUUGACGUUUAAAAUAACACUUGCACUGCGUGUGCUAUCAAAAUCGUAGCAGACUCGUCUUGGUCUGACUGUAUUUGUAUUAAGUUUGAUUAAUUUAUAUAAUUAUAUGAUCUGUUUAGCGGAAUCUACUAAUUCGUUGAAAUAUAUUUGAUUACUCUAUUGAGCUAUAAGAUGUAUUAUUAUUUUAUUUUAUACUAAAUUAACAAAAAUGUUUGAUAAUUGUUAGACGUACAAUAAAAUAAUAGUGGCAUUAUUAAACAUGAUGUAGAAACUAAAAUUAUUUUGUAAAAUUAACUAUAUACAUAGUUGUAUUUACAGUAUUAUUAUUGUACCUUGCUACAUCGACGAGCUAUUAAUUGUAGGGAUGGUUUGAUCUCAUUGGUUGAAUUAUAAAACUCAAUUAUACUUAGCACUUACUAAUUAUAUGUAAUGUGAUCAAAAUGCUUGAUAUUCUUAAGCAAAUGUGAAGGGAUCCAGUGAUAGAAGUUGAGAUUCCUAUUCAUAGUUUUGUAAUUCCGAGAUACUAGCUAUGUAAAAUUAUAUUUAUAAUAAAGCAUAUUCAGUCGCA